UGCGUCCGAGGUCAAAGUGUUAUUUCAGGAUAAAACAUGGCGGCGCAGUCUAGGAAAGUGUUUGAGGUUUUUGUAUCAAAAGUGCCAUGGACAGUUGCUGGCAAGGAGAUGAGGGAGUACUUUGGACAGUUUGGACCAGUUAGAAAGUGUCUACUGCCAUUUAAUAAAGAAACUGGCUUCCACAGGGGAUUCUGUUGGGUGGGAUUCACCACAGAAGAGGGACUGAACAACGCACUGCAGAAAGAGCCCCACUUACUGGAGGGAGCUAAGCUUCAGGUUCAGAAGAACAGGCGGCCAUUUUCUGGACGGAAAUCAAAUAAAAAUGAAAAUGAUGGAAGCGCCAUUUGAGUCCCAGUGAUCACCUGGAAAAGUAAUUUUUUUUUGUGUGUGUGAACAUCUGUACAUGAUACUGAUCCUUUGUGAGCUUGAGUAUCCCCCGAAUUCAAUAUUGAAAAUAGUCACUUGCAAUCAUUCUUGUCAUGUCAAUACAAUUUAUUUGUUUCCCAUAUACGGCAAUAAAAAACAUUCUUGAGUC